UUAGUACGCAAAGCCUAAAGGGAACUAAAUAUUUGCGGAAGGAGCGUCAGUUCCCCUCCGAGUUCCUUCCAAAAACGAAACCGUGACUGAAAGAAGCCUAUAGAUUAUUCGCUUUCACAAUGAAAGUGCAUUUGUUAAUAGUUUUAUUGCUGGUGUCUAAUAUAACAUUAUCUUCAGGUGUUCUGGAUGUUUUCGCGGCUGCUGUAUCUGUGGUUUACAAAUUUUUUCAACGGGACGAUUUGCUGCCUUUUGACUUUAAACGUUUGGAGAAAGAUUUAAAAGACUCUCUCUUUGGGCAGCACAUUGUGUCUGAUGUUGUACUGAAAGCUGUAACAUCAUUUAUGAAUGACAGCAACCCAAACAAACCGCUGGUCCUCUCUUUCCAUGGGACUACAGGAGUUGGGAAAAAUCAUGUUGCUAAAAUCAUUGCGAGAAAUGUGUACAAAAAAGGGAUCCAGAGCAAGCAUAUUCACACGUAUAUAUCUGAGCAUCAUUUCCCACACAGAACAAAGUUAGACUUAUACAGCGCACAGCUAAAACAGUGGAUUCAUGGAAAUGUAUCAAGUUUUCCCCGCUCCAUGUUCAUAUUUGAUGAAAUGGACAAGAUGCAACCACAGCUGAUCGAUGUCAUAAAACCUUUUCUAGACUACAAUGCCCGUGUCGAUGGAGUGUCAUUCCACAAUGCAAUCUUCAUUUUUCUUAGUAAUGCAGGUGGGAAUGUGAUUGCUGAAGUGGCUCUGGAUUUCUGGAGAGAAGGCAAAGAUCGGGAAGAGCUUUGGAUGAACAGCAAGGAACUGGAGACUAAGAUCCUUCAAAACAUCUUCAACAAUAAGAACAGUGGAUUUCUACACUCUAGUAUCAUAGAUCAUCAUCUGGUUGAUCACUAUAUUCCUUUCCUACCUCUGGAGCUGAAGCAUGUGCGUCAGUGUGUCAUGGCUGAGAUGCUUCAUCUGAACAUGACCCAAGACUAUGAUCUGGCAGAUAGAGUGGCCAGAAACUUGCCCUUCUUCCCUGAAGAGGAGAAAAUCUUUGCUGUUAAAGGCUGCAAGUCUGUCAGACAGAAGUUGGUGCUGUACGUUGAUUAGCAGCAUAUUGCCUAGUACUGUUUUGACUGUUCUGUAGUCCUAUUAAUAUUUCAAUCUUAAUGAGUUACAUUGCUAUCUGAAGUCUGAAUACCUCUGUAUUAAACAUUUGAAACAAUUUGUCCAGUCUGUUUAAAUUUGGUACCACAUUCUUUAGUCCUACCAGAUUUUUGAAGUAGCCUACCCUUGGAGGCAUUUUAUACAUCACUAUACCAUGGUGGAAGUGUUUUUGCAAGGCGUGGUAGCCUAAUACCAUAUUUGUUAUAAUACUAUGUUUGUUAUUGCAAUAAACACCAUGGAAUAGAGA